UUUCUGAAUGGCAUUGUGUAUUCACGUAUGUAAAGUAUUUUUGGUAAAAUCCGAUCGGUACAUAGACUGCAUCGACAGAUGAGACCAAUAGCAAUCACUGGAUUGUCAGCUGGCGUCUCGCCCUCAUUAGCUAGAAUACUGCAUAAAAUGUCUGUGUACGUCUCACAAUCACAUCUCCUACACACAUUGGGAGUCUCAUUCACGCUUUUUAUUGCUGUUGUGUAUUAUCACAGGGCAACGUGACCUCCUAUGUACUCCAGUUGUUUGUGCAAUACACCAGAGAUCUCAGGCAGUGCACUGAUGAGAAGGUCACCUUCACCUGUGAGUUUAACAACAACUCCCUCGAGGUCAACUACAACAUCGGCGUUGAAGGCCAGUCGGCCAGUACCUGGACAGGAUGGUAUCAUCAUCCACUUCAUCACCGUCCACAACAACAGAGCAGGGUUGGACAGGAGAUCUCUUUCUCUGUACAAUUAUGGGUGCGCCCCUCAAGUUUACAGGGGCAUCCUCAUCACGCCACCCUACUUCUCCCCAGCCGGACAGAAACACACAAUCUGCUUCUUCCUGAGGCUUUUUGUGUUUGAACAUGACAGGAGUCUGUCCAACCCUGUUCUGGUCCUCAGAGUCGGAUUUAAAGUCUUUAGCAAUGCGGCUUCAGCUGUUAUGCCGGUGUGCAGUAGCGGCCGAAGGAAACGACAGGCUGAAGAAGGAGAUCUCACCUUGUCAAGAACUUUCAAAGUCACUAUUGAAGAAAAUGGCGCCCAAACAGUAGUGAAAGGAGAGAUCAGCACUGGUGGCUCCAAAACAUGGAUGAUUCCAGCCGUGGUUAGCAUUGGCUGUGUCGCCAUCGCUGUUGCGGUCAUGGCGAUCUUCUUGGGCCUCAUCAUCACCAGACGAAGGCGAAGGUCGAAUAUGAAAACAACUGACGACAAGUCUUAUUAUACACAUUAA